GACUUCCGGUGUGGACUUCCGGUGUGGAUCUUGUGGCGGCGCCAUCUUGCCUGCAGUAGGGUACCCUUGGAAUAUAUAUACAAUGGAUUGGAUUGGACUACUGGACUUCAUGUUUUUUAUUUUUUUAACAUUUUAUAUCCUGGACUGUAGAUUUGUCAGAUCUGAAGGCAAAUGUCUAGUCCAAGUUCUCAUAUUGACACUGACUUUAAUAAAGACGAAUGAAAAUUGAAUAAACAUUGAAAUAAUUCUUAAUACUUUGGCUCCCUCUAGUGGACACAGAGAGCUUCGAUUCCUCUGAUUUUCCAGUUGAUCCAUAACCUUUUCCCAUUGGUUAACCAAGGAUGAGUCAUCACAGAAGGAUUCUGGGAAAUUGAGUUUUCGUUGCGUUCCUAUGCUCACAUGAAUAACACAGCGAAAUACAGCUCCCAGAAGCCACCGCGCCUCAUACGUGUUUCGGUUGACUCUUACCUCUACCUCCUGUGCUCGCGCUGGGUUGCUAAUGUAAAGUUUUCAUUGAUAAAACGGGGAUUUGAUGCGGUAGAGUCCGUUAUCGGCUCGUCUUGUGCUGCUGUUUGGAAUGCCGAGAGUUUCCGAGUGGAUAUUCUGUUAGAAAUUCACGAGCUUGGCUAAGUAUGAUAUCGAUAAGUGUCCCAACAGCUUGGUGACCAUGUAGAAAUAUGUAUAAUAACAUGUCUAAUAGGGAAGAUGCGACAUUCAAUGUCAGUGCAGCUAGUGUGAACAGUCAGUUUUAAGAGCUGGCAUCUGGUGCUUCAGUGUUAAAUCAUAUUAUUUACUGCUAACUGAAGCUGUAAUCGUCCCAUCAAAACAUCCACAUAUGAUCCACUAACUAGCUGUUUUAAUUCACAUUAGGUAGAGCAAUCCAAACGUCAUCAGACUUUGAUUUGGAGGGGUCCAAUUAGUCAAUUACAGGUUUUUAUUUCCUCAUGGCAAAUGAAGAAUGUGUGACGCAAUGGAACAAAACAGGGGACAUGUCAACACCAGUACGAAACAGGAAAACCUUUCCCACCUCCCAAAACCAAUGCACUACUUUAUCAAAGGACACACACAGUCACAUGGCUGGACUCUUGUCAGAAGAUGACAAUCACUCCUCAAAUGGGACAUCAUCUAAGUUUGUGGCCAGAGGGCAUGCCAAUGACGAGUCAUCCAGCAGAGUGUUUCUGAUGUUGGUGGUGGGGUUGUCUUUCUCUACCCGCCUCUACAAAAUAAGAGAGCCCCCUCAUGUGUGCUGGGAUGAGACGCACUUUGGAAAGAUGGGGAGCUACUACAUCAACAGGACCUUCUUUUUUGAUGUUCACCCUCCUCUUGGGAAAAUGCUGAUAGGCCUUGCCGGUUACAUGACAGGUUAUGAUGGCACCUUUCCCUUCAUAAAGCCAGGAGAUAAAUAUGAGCACCACAACUACUGGGGGAUGAGAGGAUUCUGUGCCGUGUUGGGCUCCUUUCUCCCGAUCUUUGCCUACCUCAUAGUGCUGGAUUUGUCUAGGUCUCGCUCUGCUGCUUUUAUCACUGCAAUCCUUCUUAUAUUUGACACUGGCUGCAUCACCAUCACCCAGUACAUCCUUCUGGACCCUAUUCUCAUGUUCUUCAUCAUGGCAGCAGUGCUGAGCAUGGUGAAGUUUAACCAGCAGAGACACAGGCCUUUUACUGCCUCCUGGUGGCUCUGGCUGAUCCUGACCGGUUUCAAUCUUGCUGGUGCAUUGGGGGUGAAGUUUGUGGGUCUGUUUGUCAUCCUGCUGGUGGGGCUGAACACAGCCUGGGAUCUCUGGAGGCUCUUUGGAGACCUGAGCCUCUCUCUUGUGGAAAUUGCAAAGCACUUCCUUGCUCGGGUUGUUGGACUCAUCCUAUUCCCCCUCCUCUGUUAUGUUACAAUAUUCGCAGUCCACUUUGUCGUGUUGAACAAAAGUGGACCGGGUGAUGGUUUCUUCAGUUCAGCCUUUCAGUCGCGCUUAAUUGGGAACAAUCUACACAAUGCUUCCAUGCCUGAGUACCUGGCUUAUGGCUCCACCAUUACAAUCAAAAACCUCCGUAUUGCUGGAGGGUAUUUACACUCUCAUUGGCACUUAUACCCAGAGGGAGUGGGAGCACGGCAGCAGCAGGUGACAGCAUAUCUUCACAAAGACUACAAUAACUUGUGGCUAGUUCACAGACCCGAUCAUAAUCAAACUCAUCCUGGGACACCUGAUCUGGUGCGUCAUGGUGACAUCAUUCGACUGGAGCACAAAGAAACAACUCGUAACCUUCAUGCUCACCUCCAUGAGGCCCCUCUGACCAAGAAACACUUCCAGGUUACAGGUUAUGGCAUUAAUGGCACAGGUGACCUCAACGACCUGUGGCAGGUGGAGGUGUGUGGAGGUCGGAAGGGAGACCUGGUGAAGGUGCUGCGCAGCAAAGUCCGCUUUCUGCACCGAGCUACCGGCUGUGUGCUUUACUCCUCUGGCAAGACUCUCCCUAAGUGGGGCUGGGAACAGGUGGAGGUGACAUGUAGCCCCUACUUGAAGGAGACUCCAAGCUCUCGGUGGAACAUUGAAGAUCACAUCAAUCCCAAAUUGCCCAACAUCAGCUUGUCUGUGCUGAAGCCACAUUUUUUUGAGAUCUUACUGGAGUCCCACAUUGUGAUGAUAAGAGGAAACAGUGGCCUGAAACCAAAAGACAAUGAGAUGAACUCAAAACCCUGGCAUUGGCCUAUAGACUACCAGGGAUUGAGGUUUUCUGGAGUGAAUGAUACAGAGUUCCGUGUUUACCUCCUGGGGAACCCUGUGGUCUGGUGGAUCAACCUGGUCACUUUAGGAUUGUACCUUGUCAUGGUGAUAGUGGCGUCAAUAGCCCUCCAAAGAGGUUUCUCAUUGAGCCAAAAAAGAAAAGAGCAUUCUCUUGUUCUUACGAAAGAAGGAGGGUUUCUUCUUCUCGGCUGGUUGCUGCACUAUGCACCUUUUUACAUGAUGGGCCGUGUCCUUUAUUACCACCACUACUUCCCUGCAAUGCUCUUCAGCAGCAUGCUAACUGGGAUCACAUUAGAUGUUCUGUUGAAAAGCACUGACCUGCUGCUCCGCCCACCCUUUGCUGAUUGGCUGCAGAGAGUCGGGCAGCUGGGACUUCUGUUUGGCGUUCUUUACAGUUUCUACCUAUUUUAUCCCCUCUCCUAUGGCAUGACCGGUCCUCUUGCACAUGAGCCGGGCAGCGUCAUGGCUGGCCUGAAGUGGAUGGACACCUGGGAGUUUUAAUCUGCUUUGCAUUAAGAGCACACUGAUAUCGUGAUGUAUGCUGAUAGUUCUUAAUCUAGUUAUUUAAAUCAACCGUGUGUCUCACAGACUUUUGGUCAGACAGUUUACAUUAAAAGAUAUUUUCAUAAGGUACUGACUGCACACACUACCAUAGAAUCUCUUCUUGCCGAGGUAUUUAUCUCUUAACGUUUCCAAGUAUUGUAGUAAAUAAUGUUUAAAGAAUGAUUUUAUAAGACAGACCUGAAGCAGUGCAAUAUAGAAUCCAGAGUGUUGUGGAGUUUGAAAAUAACGAUCUAGAUAUUAAUAAUUACCAAACUGCCUUAACUAAACACUCAUCUUACAUCCUGGACUGAUAUUUGAUAUGGUUAUUUACUGUAUGUCACAAUAAUAAGCUCAAGUGCCUGAUGAAGCUGGUAAAAGUAGAAUCUUAAUGUUAAAUGCUGCAUUUUCCGUUUGAAAGAAAAGGUGUUUUUUUUAUGUAGUUACAGAGUAUUUUGGUUUGCAGUUGUCUUGAUCUUAAUGCUCAGUAUUUUUGUAUUAGUGCUGUCAGGCGCUGGCUUUGGUUUUUACAUUUUAAGACUGACUGAAUCUGAAAGUGUCAUAUGUACAUCUCAGUAGGCUCAAUAAACCAUGAUAUUCUUUUAGUCUCUUUA